GGAUAUAUCAAUAAAGAUCCAUCCUUAACCCACCCAUUCAUACUUAAGACACUUUUUCAGCUGGGGAAGGAACCCUCAAGCUGAGAAAGAUGAAGCUGUCCUUCGUGGGUGCAACCUUGUUGAUUUCUGUGCUCAGCACAGGUGCUCAGCAUUAUAUUCCAGACUUUCCACCUCCAUGGCCUUUUAGACACUUCAGUUCCUCAUGGCCCUUGAGACGUUUUGGCUCAGAAAUGAACCCUGACUUCAGGGAUGAUUCUUUUGUUGGAAAAUCUAUCCCACAGCGUCCUCCAUCUUGGUUUUUUAGACGCUUUGGCUCAGAAGGGAACCCUGACUUCAGGGAUGAUUCUUUUGUUGGAAAAUCUAUCCCACAGCGUCCUCCCUCUUGGCCUUUCAGACGCUUUGGCCCUGAAUGGCCUUUUAGACGCUUUAGCUCUGAAUGGCCUUUGAGACGCUUUGGCUCAGACGGGCCUUUGAGAUGCUUUGGCUCAGACUGGCCUUUUAGACGCUUUGGCUUGGAAUGGCCUUUCAGACGUUUUGGCUUGGAAUGGCCUUUGAGACGCUUUGGCUCAGACGGGCCUUUGAGACGCUUUGGCUCAGACGGGGACCCUGGCUUCAGAGACGAUGCUUAUAUUUCAAAAUCUAUUCUACGGAACCCUCUCUUUUGGUUUCCUAAGCCCUUUGGCUCAGCAUGGCCUUUUAGACACUUUGACUCAUCGGAUCGCAUUAGACCUGAAAAGCUGAUCCAUCUGUUGGGUAAAUUAGUUGAAAUCUGCAAAAAGAUCUUUGACCAGAGGAGGCCAUGGGAGUCCAGAAGGAACCAUUUGAAAAUAAUGCCAACAUUUAAAAUAUGCUGCGGAAAUCCUUUGAACCUGUAUCAUCAACCUCCUCUAUCCACAUAUGGCUAUCCUGGUUUUCCACAAGGCUACCCUUUUUAUCUUCAAGACUUCCCGUUUUAUCCUCAAGGCUUCCCAUUUUAUCCUCAAGGCUACUCUGAUGUAGGCACUGCUCAACAAUCUUUACCUGUCGCUGUGCAACCGUUUGGGCCUGCUUUCCCUCAUUACCAUACACCUCCUUUUGUUUAUCCUGGGAUAGCUUCACCUGACUACCUUGGCACACAACAGUCUAACUAUUGGAAUCCAUCUAAUCCUACCAUGAAUCGCUACCAUAGUUUAAUUCCCCCAAAACCUUUCCCUGCACAACCUUUGUCUCCUUCCCAACUACAAACUGGCUCUGUUCCCUCUGCACUUUAUAAUCCUCAAUAUUCUGCUAGUGCCCCAUUGUCUCCCCCUCCACAAUUUGUCCGUCCUCCCUUGGCACCGCGUGUCCCUUCUGCCUUUGCAUACCGUGUCCCUCUACCAAGUGCCCGUCCUCCCCCUCCACUACGUAGCUAUCCUGCUUUGGCACGUGCCCCUGCUGCCCCUGCACGUGUCUAUCCAGCUUCUACACAACGUGACCCUGUUGCUUUGGUUUCAUCUGCUGCUCAGUCUCCUGAUACAUUCACAUUGUCUGAAGAACCUGAAUCUGGUGCUUCUGACGCAUCUGUUAAAUUUGACAAAAAGACUUCUGCCUUGAAAGGUCAGAAGUCUAAGAAAUCUUUACGGGACAAAUCCCAGGCGACUGAAGAAAUAACUGAGCUGGAUAUCUAAAUCAAAGCAUUUCCUAUGAAAAUUUAUGACAAUCCACCAACUGCAUUGGCUGAAAAUAAAACCUGGAGCCCCCUCCCAUGCUUUCUCUUUCCAGCUUCCAUAAUUUCUUCCUAAUCAAAGAUCAGAGGGGAACUGCAACUUUCUUCUAAGAAGGACUCCAGCAAUCACAUUUCUUUCUGUUGUGUUGAUUUGGGGGCAUUUUCUCUUAAUUGUGAACACUGGUUAGCCUACAAGAAUAAACAUUUACAAAUAAAUAUGUGCAGCAUUAUCA